AUGACAAUGACCGACGCGACCAGUAUCGAGCAGGAGCGGGCGCUCGAUGCUGCGUCGAAGGUCGUCAAAGCGGAAGCCUUCGAGAUGAAGAGAAGCCUCGACAAAGGAAAACGAAUGGACGCCCUGAAGCACGCAUCAGCGAUGCUCGCCGAGCUGAAGUCAAGCCUGCUUACCCCGAAAUACUACUAUCGUCUCUACGUUGACGUCAUACAAGAGCUGAAUCACCUCGAGUCGUUUUUGAAGGACGAGCUCGAGAAGGAGUUGAAGCAGGAAACGAUCGCCGAACUCUACGAACAAGUGCAAUACGCGCAGUCGAUCAUCCCCCGCAUGUACCUGAUGAUCACGAUGGGUGUCAUCUACAUGAAGCUCUUCCCCAAGAUGAAAAGCGAGCUGCUCAACGACUUGGUGGAGAUGACGAGAGGCGUGCAACAUCCUCUAAGAGGCCUCUUCCUGCGACACUAUCUACUCGGGGUCAGCAAAAGCCUGCUCCCCGACUUGCCGGAAGAUGCGCAGCUGGCCAUACCGGGGUCGGGGACCGUUCGCGAUUCCAUCGACUUCAUCAAGCUUAACUUUUCCGAGAUGAACAAGCUCUGGGUGCGGAUGCAGCAUCAAGGGCCCAGCAGGGAAAAGGAGAAGCGUGAGCGGGAACGAAUGGAAUUGCGAAUCCUCGUCGGCACCAACCUCGUUCGAUUGGCUGAACUGCAAACUUUGACCCAGGAUGUCUACGUGACGGAGGUGCUGCCCAGCAUCCUCGAGCAAGUGGUCAGCUGCCGGGACCCAAUAUCUCAAGAAUACCUGAUGGAUUGCGUCAUCCAAGUUUUCGCCGACGAGUUCCACCUCGCGACACUGAACGAAUUCUUGGCAUCAUGCAAGGAGUUGGCACAGGAGGUGCACAUCAAGAACGUGCUGAUCGCGCUGAUUGAGCGAAUCUCGACGUAUGUUUCGCAUCCGGACACGCCCGGGAUCUCUGAGGAUAUUCGGCUCUUUGAGAUCUUUUCUUCGCAAGCGGAGGGUCUCAUCCAAAGCCGCUCCGAUAUGCCGCCUGAAGACAUCGUUUCUCUACAUGUCACCCUUGUCUCGCUGGCCGUCAGAUGCUACCGCGACAAGCUGGAAUACGCGAACACCGUCUUCGCCAGCCUUGCCAACAACCUGCAAGACAAGAAUGUUGAUAAUGUGGAGCAGUACUCGGCGGUGGGCAAGGAACUUUUGCGCGUGCUGCGAAUUCCGGUCGACGAGUACAAGGACGCGCUCCGGGUCGCGCUUCUCACCGACUACGCGCGUGCGAUGGCCCCGCUGAACUACCGGGGACGAUGCACGGCGGCUUCAUACAUACUCCAGGACAUGAUCCAAAUGGACACGCCGCUAAAAACCGAAGAAGACGUUGAUGCCAUAUGUCUGCUCAUCGACUGCUUGCUGACCGAUCAGCCCGACCAACCCGCCGACACCCCGGAAACGGAAGAGUUCACCGACGAGCAAGACCUCGUGGCCAGCAUGGUGCACCUGGUGCAAGUCGACGACAAGGACGCCCAAUUCCUGCUCCUCAACGGCCUGCGCAAGCGGUUCGGCGCCGGCGGGAAGUGGCGAAUUCGGCAAACGCUGCCACCAAUCAUCUUCUCCCUCUACCAGCUCAUCCUGGCCUAUCCCGCGCCGGAGGGCGACGACUCGGCUCGAGAUGCCAAGCUGAAGAAGAUGUUCAUGUGCGUGAUGGGGACGAUCGGGGCGCUCGUCAACUCCGGGGAGCUCUCCCAGCUGCCGUAUAACUUGUACCUGGAGGGCGCCAUCGUUGCCAAUCGGGUGUCGUUUGAGGAGAAAGCCGUCGUCGUUUAUGAAUUGCUAUCAAAGGCGCUCUCCGUGCUGGAGGAUGAAAUUGCCGAUUCGAGGGAGCGACUCUCGGCGCUGGCCGUCGUUACGAAUACAUUGAUAAAGAUCGACUGCCUGCCCAACGACAACUGGGAGCCGCUCGCCAGCCAGGUGAUCUUGGCCGGGGCAAAGAUGUUCAAAAAGCCGGACCAAGUGCGCGCCCUGUGCUCAUCGUCGUAUCUGUACUGGAAGGGUCGAGUGGACGGAUCGGCUGAACCGAUGAGGGAUGGCGGUCGGGUUUGCGACGUGUUGAAGAAGGCUGUAAAGAUUGCCUCACAAUGCAUGGAGCCGCUCGUUCAACAACAGCUGCUCAUCCACCUGCUCAACCACUACAUGCACUUGUACGAGGACGGCUGUGAUAAGAUUACCCCCGAGAUCCUCAACGAGUUGAUCUCGCGGACACGCGACGCCUCCGUCCAAAUCGAGCCGUCGCAGGAAGCCGACAACAUCGAGAAGCACCUCCAGCACACGCUCCAGUACAUCCGGGAAGCCAGGGAGAAGCACGCCGACCUUGCCGAACACCUCCAGAUC